CACCCAAUCUUCACGAGCAACCAUGUUGUCCUAGCAAUGACCUUCUUCUAUUAAUACCACCCAAAUAACCUUGUCUUCAAACACACUUAAUUCUCCACGCCUCCUUGCAAUGGCUGACUCGGAUCUCUCUUCAAGUCAAAUUUCUACACAUUCUACUGAUUCAGGAAAUCGAGGGUCUUCCAAAGUUGAAUUUUCUGAAGAUGAGGAAACCCUCAUCAUCAGGAUGUAUAAACUGGUAGGGGAGAGGUGGUCUAUAAUUGCUGGAAGGAUUCCUGGAAGAACAGCAGAGGAAAUAGAGAAGUAUUGGACUUCAAGAUUCUCGGGCUCUAGUGAAUGAAGCUCCGGAGUACUACGAUUGGUGUUCAGUCUAGGACGAGCAAGAAGAUUUUGGGUGCAAGAUUAGUGUGAUUUUGUGGGACAUAAAAACUGAAUUAAAGUUGGCAUAGUUUAUAGGUAUUUGUAUUGGCUAUAAAAAAAGAAGUGGGGCAGCAACUAUAGAAGCUGGUUUGUGUUAUAUUUCUCCAUCUUGAAAUGUUGCUUGGUGUGAUAUUUUCCAUCUUGAAAUGUUCCUUGGUGAUUGGUCUUUUCUGAAUUGUACUUAGUGCUGUUCAUCUUCGUGUAUCUUAUUCAUUUACCAUUUUGGCUUUUUAUCUUGCGUCUGAAAUCUGUAUUGGAAAUGAGAAUUAAUUAGAGACAGGUUCAGUAUUGUCA